AUGAAUCAAGGUCAAGAGGAAUUAAUCGUGAAAGCAUGUUCUCUCGAGGGAGAACCUCUUUCAAAGAGAACCAUUGAAACUAUUGCCUCUUCUUAUGUUGAUGACUCGACAUUGGCUAAGGUUAUAGUAUCACCUGAGAGUAUGCUCGACUUUUCUACUAAGUUCAUCCAUAAGUACAGUUCCUUUGAAAAAGUUGAUGGUAAAUCCAUCAGAGUUUGCAGAAACUUUGGGACUAGUGACAGUGAAGGCGACGGCAAUCACAAUGAGCCUCUAUAUCUGUUUAUCCAUGGUUUAGGUGGAGUAUUAGAACAAUUCGAACCGUUAUUACGUCUCUUGGAUCUAAAUGAGAAUAAAUUCCUUGCUCUAGAUCUUCCAGGGUUCGGUAAGAGUGAUGAAUAUGAGGAUUAUAAUAUGUUCGAUGUCAUCAGUAUAAUUCACACGAUUGUGGACCGUUUAAUUCCUGAACGUACGACAUCAAAUAUUGUUUUAGUUGGCCAUUCUAUGGGAUGUUACAUUUCCUUACAUUUGUUUUAUAAGUCCUACACUCGUUUUUCUUUCAAAAAAUUAGUCUUCUUGUCACCACCAAAACCUCAAUUAGAUCAAUUAGAAAAGACCAAUCGUAAAAUGCAAUGGCUCUUAAGAGGAAUAUUAAGUUUACCAUGGCUAUUUGAUUUUUAUAGGCAAUGGUUUGAUCAAAGUAAAGGAUUAUCUAGUUCAGGAAUAAAGCGAUUUUUCUAUCAUGAUAAUGAGGAACAAGAUCAUAUUUUGAAAUAUCGUAAAUUGUGGCAAUUCCAUAAUAAUGUCCAGAUUAAAAGUAGAAGUAUUCUAGGUUAUUUAUUAGGUUGGGAACCUAUAAAUUGGGAAGAUAUUAGGGAGCUAUUAUUAGAAAAAUCUGAAAAUACUGAAAUUGUAGUCCUUACUGGGAUGGAAGAUCCGGUGACUCCAUUAGAUAAGGUACGAUUAUAUUUUUCUUCCUUUGGAGAUGUCGUUCACAAGAGAUUGAUAGAAAUACCUGAGUGUUCCCAUAAUCUUUGUUUCGACUUACCAUUAAAAGUUUGUGAAUUAUUUUUAGUAGAACGUUGUCAAUGA